GGCGGAUACAGAAUUACUGAUUCUGAUUCUCUCCAGGCAUCAAUGGACGCAGCGGGUAGAAUACGCAUUAUGAUAGAGGCAAAGCUUUCUCCUGGACCGUCUCUAUGCAAUAUACGUCGGCACGGUGACAAUAGUCGUUGGCAUGAUGGUGUCACUGUCGCUAGUGGUAAUUUUCUUGCAGCUAAGAGAAGGGGAGUUGUCGAAGGAAUUGAUUAUGGAGCAACAGGUGAAGUAAAGAAAAUUGAUGUUGCUCGUGUUCGUGAGAGGCUUGAUAAGGAUUAUAUAGUUAUCUUAAGCAAUCUUGGCUAUUCCAGCUCUGGAGAAGUUUUGAAUUGCAACGCAUACGAAGUGGCUACAGCUUGUGCCUUAGCUCUUGGUGCAGAGAAGCUUAUUUGCAUUAUAGAUGGCCCAAUCCUGGAUGAGUCUGGACGCCUUAUUCGUUUUUUAACUCUUCAAGAUGCGGACAUGUUGAUCCUUGAGCGAGCUAAGCAAAGUGAAAUAGCUGCUAACUAUGUUCAAGCUGUUCGUGGAGAAGAUCUUACUUGCCUUGCCCAUGGCGAGUCCAAUGGAAGUGUAACAUCUCUACAGAAGGGGAAGGGUUUCAGUGAUAUGUAUGCAGCAACAUUUCACAAUGGUGUUGGCUUUGACAAUGGUAAUGGACUGUCUGGCGAGCAGGGUUUUGCUAUCGGAGGUCAAGAGAGGCUUAGUCGACUAAAUGGUUACCUUUCUGAAUUAGCUGCAGCAGCUUUUGUUUGCAGAGGAGGUGUUCAGCGAGUUCACUUGGUAGAUGGCACUAUCGGUGGAGUUUUACUAUUGGAACUAUUUCAAAGAGAUGGAGUGGGAACAAUGGUGGCCAGUGAUCUGUAUGAAGGAACAAGGAUGGCUAGGAUGACAGACAUUUCCCGGAUAAAACAACUUAUACAGCCUUUAGAAGAGUCUGGCGCAUUGGUCAGGAGGACCGAAGAAGAGCUACUUCAAGCACUGGAUUCGUUCAUGGUCAUGGAGAGGGACGGUCAAAUCAUUGCUUGUGCUGCUCUUUUUCCAUUCUUUAAAGAAAAAUGGGGAGAAGUUGCUGCUAUUGCUGUUUCUCCUGAAUGCCGUGGGCAAGGACAAGGAGACAAAUUACUGGAUUUCAUUGAAAAGAAGGCAUCUUCGCGUGGAUUUGAAAUGCUUUUCCUGCUUACAACCCGGACUGCAGAUUGGUAUGCGUUUUGCCUCCCAGCACGUUUUGAUUAAUGCAUACUAGCUGCGUUUGAUUAUGAUGGCUUAAUGAGAAUGAUCAUAAUUAAUGUAACCAUUAGAGUUAUUCGAGUAAUAUUGUGUCUUAUUUGAUGUUGUUGAAGAGUUCCUACUUUCUUCUGCUAUGGAUUCAUGGCUAGCAAAUUAAUCUCGUGCCAUUGUUGACGCUAGAACCUUAAGCUCAGUGUUAUGACCAAAUUGUUGAUACAAUUUAAUUGCAUUCUUUUACCUUUUAGUUUGUGCUUGGCUGCAAGUAGAGUAUUAAUCGGAACCUUAAGAGAGUUUAAAAAACCUCUUUGAAGUACAUUUCCAAUUGAAGUACAUUCUGCAAAGGGAACUUCAUGAGUAUAGCGGCUUGGCUUAUUGCUUAUAUACUGUAGCAUGGAUAAGGAUAUAGAAACAGGAAAAAAAUAUUUUGGAAAAAAUGGCCUAAGACA